AUGCGUAUGUCUAACAAUACUAUAUUUUUCAUCUUACUUGCGUAUAUAUUUAAUGUUGUUGAUGAAUCCAGCACGGUUCUGUCCAAUGUGAAAUUAGUCAUUGAAACUGCGAAAUCAGCGAAGAAUAUUUGGGAAUUUGUGAAAGAUUUUCCACCUACUUUUGCUGAUUAUCUGGUAUCAAUUGUUUCAAAAUCAGAUGAUAAUCAAAAUGAAGAAAAAGACACGUUAUCAAAUAUUCACAGUUCAUAUGAUUUCGUAGUUGAUCUUACUCGACCUACAGAUAUUUUUCGAGGUCUUAAAGCAUAUCCUGUCGCAUUUCCACUAGGAAAAGAUUUUUACGAUAAUAAAAUUAAAGAAAAUGGUAAUCAAAUCUCUCGCUUUGUAGUCAAUGUUGUGGGUCGUUAA